AUAACCGAAAAAAAAAAAAAAAGGACGCCAUUGUCAAAAAACUCGAAACUCGACAGUGGAGCGAGCGAGCGAGCGAGCAGAUUCAGUUUGUUGUCCAUGGAAGUUGGGCAAGGAGUAGGUGGAGAUGAACUCAUCUCCACUUUAGAAACCCUAGUAUACUCUCUCCAACUCAGAGUUAAGGAACUAGAGGCUGAAAAUUCCAAGUUAUCAUCUCAGCUCUCAAAUUGCGACUGUUCUGAGAAAGAGAAGAAGAAGGUUGAUGACUCUGUUUCAAUUAAGACUAGAAGAAAGAAAUUGACUAAAAAAGGUUAUGAUCAAAGCAUUGCGAAUCGCCAUUCCAAAAGAUAUGUUGCUCUCAAACUCAUGUAUUUUGGGCAGAGGUUCUAUGGGUUUUCUUCAGAAGCACAAUUGGAGCCAAGUGUGGAGUCUGAACUUUUCUUAGCUCUAGAAAGGACUAUGCUUUUAGUUGGUGACAGGAAAGAGUCACAAUAUUCAAGAUGUGGUAGAACAGAUAAGGGGGUUUCCUCUAUUGGGCAAGUGGUUGCUCUCUUCUUACGAUCAAAGCUCAAGAAGGCUUGUUCAGAUAAUCAAAAUUCUAUUGAAAUGGUUUCAAGAGAAGAAUAUGAAGGAGAAAUUGAUUAUGUGAGGGUUCUGAAUCGUGCCCUUCCGAAUGAUAUUCGAGUAUUAGGCUGGUGUCCUGUUCCAAUUGACUUCAGUGCAAGGUUCAGCUGUCUGGGCAGGGAGUACAAAUAUUUCUUUUGGGGAGACAAUCUAGAUCUUUUGGCAAUGGAAAGCUCUGGUGAGAAAUUUAUAGGUGAACAUGACUUCCGAAAUUUCUGUAAGAUGGAUGCACUAAAUGUUCACGCCUACACGCGUCGUGUCAAGUCAUUUGAAAUUUAUCCUUGUGAUGUGAGGUUUCAAGGAAACCAACUUUGGGCAAUCAGAAUCAAAGGUAGUGCCUUCUUGUGGCACCAGGUCCGAUGCAUGGUUGCGGUACUAUUCAUGAUUGGCCAAGGUCUUGAAUCCCCUGAUGUAAUAGACACAUUACUGGAUGUUGACAGGAUACCAAGGAAACCUCAAUAUCUCAUGGCUCCAGAGAUUCCGUUGGUUCUUCAUUCCUGUGAAUUUGAAGAUUUAAAGUUCAUUUGCUCUUCAGAUGCUCAACAAACUCUGUGCAAGCACUUGGUGAAACAAUGCCAAACCUAUCACCUUCAAGCUGCCAUCUACAAUGAAGCCUUGCUUACCAGUUUGCCUGUAUUAAGUGAUAAAAGUAUGUUAAGCAAUGGAAAUGGAAAAAUCAAGAAAAAGAUUGCUCAUAUUCCUCUCAUGUCUCGGCCCACUGAGCCUUCAUAUGCAGAGCGCCGUGCCAAAUUAGAGACUCAAGACAAGAGCAUGAAGCAUCAACAGAUACAUCGUCUUUAGGGGUACGAGUACAACUAACAUAAGAUAUCUCAUUAUUUUUUCCCAGCAAGCAUGCAAUAUUUAUAAAUUUGUUAAUUUCAAGGGGUUAAUAUAGCUCAUCUGAAAUUGAUCUAUUUUUUCUUCAGACAAUUGAUUUAGCACAUGCAUGUUAGCUGGUAUAGGAAAACCAAAAUAUGUAGCUCAAAUAGUCAGACAUGUGAUUUGCUUAGCAAUUGCUUUAUUUUUUUCGAUUCUCAAUUAUUGUAAGAGUAAUCUUAUUCUGAACAUUAAAUGAAGAAAGAAAAUGAAAUUUUGAUUUCGAGCAA